GUUGUAAUAUUAAUUAUCAAGCAGUAUAAUCCCAUAGGAUUUCGGACUUGCCAGGAUGUCGACUUCUGAAUGCAUUUCUUAUCGACUCCCUGCAGAAACCACACUCGGCAAAAAAUGACUGCUUGGGCAGCAUGCAUUCUUCACGUUUACUUUCGGUGGCCUCAUAAAUUCAAAUAUAUUUUACAGAAAACGUGCACAAAAUAUGCUUUCUUUUACUCGUUUGGUAGAAAGUCACGUUAUCUUCACACUUUAUACCCAAAAGUGUAUAUUCGGGUUUUGAAAAGUUUACCAAUUCCUGAAUAAUUUCGAGCCUGAUCAGCCGUUGCAUUAGCGUUUAGCGAUUUCAGUUUACAGGAGGUAUGCUUUCCACGUGAGGAAAAUCGCAUAUUCCUCUACGUCUUUAAAAAGAUAUUAUAAAGAGCUCAUAAAAUGUUGCAUUGAAUGCGAACCAUGUUGUACAUUUCGUGAGGGAAGCAUUGGUAAAACGGACAUAGGAGAUUCUAUAUGUAUGGACAUUGUACGGUCUUGAAAAUAUCACAAUUAGAAACUUUUAUAAAACCAAAAAGUAACAUUUCUUGAGGUAUAACAUGUGAAGACAAUGUGAUUUUCUACCAAAAGAGUAAAAGAAAACACAUUGUUGUGUUUAUUUUUCCUAUAAAAUAUAUUUGAAUCUAUAAAACCAUUAAAAAUCGACGUGAAAUAUGCAUGCUGCUUAAGUAGUCAUUUCUUACCAAGUGUGGUUUCUGUAGGAGGUCUAUAAGAACUGCAUUCAGAAGCCGACAUCCUGGCGAUUCCGAAAUACUGGAGGACUAUGCGGCAUGCUGAUCAACAUUACAACCCCACGUAAAUGUUCCUUCCUAAUCGAAAACACAUUUCAGAAUUUCGGCCAACAUUUCAUGAGCUCAGUCACGCACUGUAGGUACUUAUCCUCGUUCUGGAAACUAUUUGACAGUGCACGCGAUUAACCUCAGUGUGCUUUUAAUUUUACGUCAACAAAUAAGUCAAAAUGAUCAUUCAGGGUCGCUUUUCUUGCACAGUGCUAGUUGCCUUCUCCUAGCAAUUUCAAGAAAUAGGACGGCUAUUUUCAGCUGGUUGUCUAUCUCUAGGCCAGUAAACACACCUCGAGGGGGCUCCUGCGUUCGUCAUUCCGCAUCUUAACCUCUCCAGUGCCUAGCCUUACUGGGUGGGUGGACAUUUGUGGAAUUUUUGCAUUCGACCUCAGACGGUGACAGCCUUUUCUGCCUUGUGUCUUGCGGACUUUUCAAACCUGUGAAGACCUAGUUUACCCAUAUGCCCAUCCUACACGUUCACUUGCUGAUGCCCUGGGAAGAGCUGCUUGACUUCAUGCGGUAACAGCCUUUUCUGCCUUGCACCUGGCGGGCUUUUCAAACCUGUUGAUUUUUUGACCCGGUCUCUAUACUUUGCUUCCACCCGUCAGUUGCUGAUGCCCUGGAAGGAGCUGCUUGACGAAGGCAUCCUAUUUCCGCUUUCUGCCGCCGAAUGGAACAUCCUGCACAGAGCAUACAGCGACACUGGAGCCUAUAACGAUCGCUGCAGUGCCGAGGGCACCGUCUCUUCAAUGAGCUCUAGUGGCGCCGAGGAGGAAGAGGAUGACGCAGCAUCCGCAGGCGGGGAGGGCAACGAGGCGGAGUGCAACGGCACCACUACCGCCACUGCCACCACCGCCCUCUACGACUACUAUCCACCAUUUCGUCUGCUUUUGGAUCCCGCCUCGUCACCGACUGAGCCUGCCUUUAGGGUCGACCUGCCUGACACGUACGGUACCGUCUGUCCGCAAUGCUAUCCCCUGCUGCAAGAGCGCCGCUCCAUGUACGUUGGUGCGCGCAUUCGUGUGCGUCUCAUUCCCUGUCCCUCGGAGACGGCUG